AUGGAUUACUUCACUAAGUGGCCAGAAGUCUUCGCCAUUCCAAAUCAAGAAGCUUCAACCGUUGCAGAUAAACUAGUUCAUGAAGUUUUCUGUCGUUUUGGAGUACCUUUAGAGAUUCACAGCGAUCAAGGAAGGAAUUUUGAGUCUCAAAUAUUCCAGGAAACUUGCCGAGUUAUGGGUACUCAGAAAACACGAACAACUUCUUACCACCCACAAUCUGAUGGAAUGGUAGAAAGAUUUAAUCAGACAUUGGAGAGGUACCUAGCAAAAGUUGUGGAAAAACGGCAACGAGACUGGGACAGGCACAUACAACCGUUUUUGUUGUCAUAUCGAAGCGCUGUUCACGAAAGUACAUCAGUGACACCAGCUUUCGUAAACUUUGGGAGAGAAUUGCGGCUGCCUGCAGACCUGAUCACCGGAAUACCACCUGAUGCCCCACACAGUAUAACCGAUUAUGCAAAUGACUUACGGAACAAAAUGAAUGACAUUUAUGAGCACGUCAGACAGACGGGCCAGCAAACGUCUGAGAAGAUGAAAACACGGUAUGACCGCAAAAUGAACAAGGGGUUUGAUGAAGGUUCACUAGUGUGGUUACACAAUCCAGUUCGCAGCAAAGGGAAAUCUCCUAAGCUUCAAGCUAAAUGGGACGGACCGUACCGGAUUGUGACAAGGAUCAAUGACGUAACCUACCGGAUACAGACAGGUGUCAGAGGUACUUCUAAGAUUGUCCAUGUGGAUCGACUGGCGCGUUAUUAUGGGGCCAAUAAUGCUCGGGACGAGCAUGUCUUAGGAGGGGGCAGUGUUACGCGCCACUAUUAA